ACAGAUUAUAUGGUUGGUGGUGUAUGGCCGAUCAAGGACUUGAAAGAUCCCAAAGUGGUGUCGAUCGCCAAAUUUGCAGUGAAAGAGUAUAAUAAGCAGACAAAUACAACCUUACACUUCGUAGAUGUCAUCAAGGGAAAAGAGCAUUUGGUUGGAGGCGUUAUAUACCAUCUAGUGAUCUCAGCUAAAGAUAGCAACGUUGCUUACCCCGUAAAGUAUGAAACAACGGUUUUUGAACCAGUGCUUAAAUUUGAAGACUUGAUACUCGAAUCCUUUAAAAGAUUAUCAAGGUCAGUUUGGAUUUGUAGAUAAUUAAUAGUAUCUUCUUAUUAUUAAUACAUAUAUCUACAUUGGAAAACAUGACUAUAUAUCUUUGUAGAAGAAAAUUAAUUUUUAAGG